UCAAAUGUGGCCAUCUGUCACCUCACCAAGUUUGAAAAUGCUGCACUACAGCUCUUUGCCCUGGGAUUGUAUACUUUCUACACUGAGAACAUUGCUAAGCUGAAGGAGGACAACCAGAUCCUCCACUCAAAUUUUAAUAGCUCAGUUUUUGGUGCUGUGAGCUACAACUUUGGCCCCAAUGUGGUCAUCACAAUGCACACUGACCACACAAAUCUUGCAUGGGGCUGGUGUUCAAUCACAGCCCUGGAGAAUUUUGAUCACAAGCAAGGAGAACAUGUGAUAUUGUGGGACCUUCACCUUGUCAUUGAGUUUUCUGCAGGCACUACCAUCCUCAUCCCUUCUGCCAUCUUGCUUCAUUCAAAUGUUAACAUAAAUGCAAAUAAGACAUGCUGUUCAUUCACUCAGUACUCCACUGAUGGUCUGUUCAGAUGGGUAAAUUAUAGAUGUUGGAUACAAAAAGAAUUCGAAGCACAAGAGGGAGACAUAAAACAGCUUGGGCCUGAACGUUGA